ACUUUUUACUAUGCAUAUUUGCAUUUUCUAUCUACAACCUACAAAAGCAUUAUACCACUGUUUUCAAAAUUGCCAACCUUUCUUGUUCAAAGAUAGAGGAAUAUGGGAAUAAAAGAUUUUAUGAAGGUGAUAUAUCUGCAUGCACCGAAUGCAAUAAAAAAGCUAUCUUUUAAGGAUCUAUUCGGGAGAAAGAUUGCAGUGGAUGCAAGCAUGUUUAUUUAUCAAUUUUUAAUUGCAAUAAGGCCUGACGAUUUAAAUAGCGUUACCCUGACAGAUGAUACCGGGGAAGCGACAAGUCAUUUAAGUGGUUUAUUCUAUAGAACCAUUAAAAUGAUGGAAUGUGGAAUUAAACCCGUUUAUGUCUUUGAUGGAAAACCACCUGAACUGAAGAAUAAGGAACUAAGUAGAAGAGCAGAGAAGCGAAAAGAAGCCGAAUAUUCAUUAGCCAAAGCAAAAGAGGAAGGUGAUUUAGAAACUAUAGCCAAAGCUAACAAGCGCAUUAUUUUUGCUACGUCUAAGCACACAGAAGACUCCAUUACUUUGCUUAAGCUUAUGGGGGUUCCAUGUGUAAAAGCACCUGCAGAAGCCGAAGCACAAUGUGCUGCUUUUGUGAAAUCUGGAGUAUGUUAUGCUGUUGCAAGUGAAGAUAUGGAUGCACUUACUUAUGGAACCAAUAUAUUAAUUAGACACCUCAGUUAUUCCGGAUCUCAAAAAGAACCAUUGCUUGAAAUUCAUUUAAGUAAAGUAAUUCAGAAUCUUGAAAUGAACAUGAAUCAACUUAUUGAUUUGUCCAUUCUUUUAGGUAGUGACUACUGUCAAUCUAUUAAGGGCAUUGGACCUAAAAAAGCUGUAAGCAUGAUGAAGAAAUAUGGCACUAUUGAGAAAAUUCUUGAAAAUUUGGAUACUAAAAAAUAUACAGUUCCAGACAACUUUUGUUUCAAUGAAAUUCGUCAAUUGUUCAGCAACCCUAAUGUUAUUGAUCCUAAUACAUAUCGAUUGGAAUGGAAUCCUCCUGAUGAGCAAGGAUUAAUUGAUUAUCUUGUCAAAAAGAAAGGAUUUUUCGAGGAUCGUGUAAGACGUGGAAUAGAAAAACUUAAAAAAUUCAGAACACUUAAUACUCAAGAACGUAUAACUUCUUUUUUUUUGAAAAUGAAUAAUGAAAAAUUGGACGUUAAAAAAACUGAAGAAAAACCUAAAAUUGGUACUUAUCAGGACAUAACUGAAAAAAAUAGCGAUGUCAAAUUAUUAGAAGAUCAAAAUGAAUUCACAUUUAAGGAUUAUAAAACAGAAAAAGAGCAUAUAUGUCAGUGUUCACCUCCAGAUGAACGAGAUAGUAUAUUAAAUUCAAAAAAAAGAAAACUUGAAAAACUCUCAGAGCCAAUGUCAAAAAAAUCUGCCAAAUCAUAAAGUUUUUUCUAUCUCGGAAACAUAGAUAGAAAAUUAUCAAGUCCAGCAGGUGGAAGAAGAUGCGAUUUGAAAAACUAUCGAAAAAUAGUAAUUGAAAUUUUAACUUCGAGCUGUAUUUGAGUUGGACAUUUAUUAUUUGUAUUAACAGUUAUAUAAAGCUAUGAUAUAGUGAAUUACACGCUGUAAUACAACAUCAUCUUAUCGCAUCGUUCUCAAAAAGCGAUAGUUAGUUUCACUCAUUCCUUUACCUAGAAAAGGUAAUUUAUGAGAUGAUGAAAUCUGUAGAUGAGUCAGAGUGUACACGAACCAUUUCUAAAAUUAAUU